AUGUGGCUGGAAGUGGGAUAUGGGCCGAGAUGGAGCCCUGGGAAGAUCCGGUGUGGCCGGAGGUGGGAUACUGGAGUGAAUGGAGCCCUGGGCAGAUCCAGUGUGGCCGGAGGCGGGAUACUGGAGUCCACGGAGCCUUGGGCAGAUACGGUGUGGCUGGAAGUGGGAUAUGGGCCGAGAUGGAGCCCUAGGAAGUUCUGGUGUGGCCGGAAGCAGGAUACUGGAGUCCAUGGAACCCCUGGCAGAUCCGGUGUGGCCGGAGCCAGGAUACUGGAGUCCAUGGGACCCCGGGCAGAUCUGGUGUGGCCAGAGGCGGGAUACUGGAGUCCAUGGAACCCCGGGCAGAUCCGGUGUGGUCGGAGGCAGGAUACUGGCGUGAAUGGAGCCUCGGGCAGAUCCAGUGUGGCUGGAGGCAGGAUACUGGAGUCCAUGGAGCCCUGGGUAGAUCCGGUGUGGCUGGAGGCAGGAUCCUGGAGUCCCUGGAGCCCCAGGCAGAUCUGGUGUGGCCGGAGGCGGGAUACUGGAGUGAAUGGAGCCCUGGGCAGAUCCGAUGUGGCUGGAGGCAAGAUACUGGAGUCCAUGGAACCCCGGGCAGAUCCAGUGUGGCUGGAGGCAGGAUACUGGAGUGAAUGGAGCCCCGGGCAGAUCCGGUGUGGCUGGAGGCAAGAUACUGGAGUCCGUGGAGCCCUGGCCGAACCAGUGACCGCCCGGCUCAAGGAGCUGCAGCUGCAGCGAGACGACUUUGAGAUCCUGAAGGUGAUCGGGCGCGGCGCAUUCAGCGAGGGAGGAAGGUACCUAGGCCCUGCAUCACCAAGGCGGGAUACCUGCUCCUUUGUACCGGCGGCUUUGGGCUGGCAGCGCCCAGCCAGGACCUGGGGGAGCCGUCCUGAGCGAGGCCGGGCGCUCGCCCCGCUGCCCCCGCCUGCCAUCCCCGUCACCGCCUGGCCAGCACCGCGGGGGUGCCCAGCAGCUCUCCUCUCCGGGAGGCCUCACACCAGAGCUGGGGACGCCUGGGUGCCAGCACGCCAGCCCCCCGGGCCCCUUCCCACCCGGAGCCAGGCUGUGUGGCUUGAGCCCCUCCUGCCAUCAGGGGACCAUCUCUCCAGUUGCCUCCUGGGCCUGCCCUGGCCCUGGGUGUGUCUGCUCCUGCCUGCCAGCCCUCUGGCCUCCCCACUGCAGACCCUGGCCAGCCCCCUCUGCGUGGGACAGCCAGCCCAUGCCCUGCCCAGCCCCAGCGCCACUCCCUCCCACAGAGCCACCCCACGGCCUUGUUCGUCAGCUGGGGAAACUGAGGCAGAGCGAGAGGAAGAGAGGCACCUAAGGAUGCACAGUGAAUCAGGGGCAGAACUGACAAAUGAACCCAGGAGUCCUGGCUCCCAGCCACCCCUCCCCCUGCUCUAACCACUACACCCCACUCUC